UUGUCGGCCGUGGUCAUCGGCUGCGAUGUUGAACGACGGCGCCGUGCCGCCGCUACGGUUGCGGAUGUCGCGCCAUUUAUACAAGCUUCACGGCAGUCGAUCACACUGGAGCCUCAAAAGAAAACCACCGUAAUUGUUAUGCUCGACCUGUCCACAGCGCAGAUUCAGAAAGGGCAAACGCUAUGGAUCACACGGGUUUCCUUGGAGUUGGGCGACCGUCAUUCCAAAAUGUUCGGUCAGUUGGAGUACAACUUUGACCACACGCCGUCGUUACAAUCACAACGCCCACGAUCCGAAUUUGGGUGCAGUUCCUUAAAGAUUGCCGCCUCCGAUGGUGAGUUGGUAGCGAAUGCGGCUACAACUCGCGUGAACUGUCUGGUCGCGGAAAUUGCUGCCACUACGCUUGAGUUGAAGAAUACGUGCAACUGCAGAGUGGAGUCCGUUCGACUGGAUUUCAAGCGUAACGAACAACAGACAACUGAAGCAAUAGCAGUUUUGUUUGUCGAUGAGAAUGACGAACUUCGUUCCGAGCUUACGAUAGUAGGAGCGCAAUGUGUGGAAUCUGGGGAGAUGAUCCAUAUUCCCGUUCGGUUUUCUGCGCAACUUGUUGGAAAUAUCGAUUUGGAGUUGGAGGCAAGCUACCUGCUUUUUGGUGAGACUCGACGUCGAACAGGCCGAAUCCAUCUUAGCAUCACCGCCCGAGAGCCAUUCGGCGUGAAGAGUGGUGUGCUUAGUAUGAAUGGGCUCCCGUUGGCCUCUAUUCUUAACCACAGCGAGCAUGUGAUCAAAGCUGAUGUCACGGCCAAUGCUAACAUUAUUAUUACUCACGUUGAAUGGCUC